AUGAGAUCAGCUUUCUCUAGAUUGUUUUUCAAAUUUUAGAAAUCCUAAUUCAUUUAAAACAGGAACUUUAAUAUUUUAGGAGGACUAUUUGCACUUAGCGCUUAUUAGGGUAUCAAUUUAUGGAAUAAAUACAAAGUUUAGUGUGAUAACAUUGAAAAUUAAAACCCUAACCCACCCAAUUAAGAUUAAGAUUAAAAUAUAGCUAAAAACCUAUUCAACUCAGAAGAGAUAAGAAAAAAAAUAAUGGAUUCUAUUGUUUUGAUCUACUCUGACAGAACUUCAAAACCUAUAGCAACAGGCAUGGUUAUAGAUGACGAAGGAACUUUCAUUACGAUUUCAAAUAUUUUUAACUUGGACUCAAAGCACCCAUCUCAUUAAUUUUAUGCAAAAUCUAUAAAAGAAGAAUUUGAAGAUACAGAGCUACCUUUUUCAAUCGAAUAUACUUUAGAAUCAGAGAACAUCAGCUUCUGCAAAAUUAAAAAAUAAACUCCACACUAAAUUUUAUCAUUCAAAAAGGCAAACAUAUAUCCUUAAAUUCCCUCUAUUGGUAAAAGAGUAUACUUAUUUGGUAAAUCAAAUUAAGAUUUUAAUGUUAUUGAGGAGGGGAUUCUAAAUGAGAAUAAGUUAAGCUCUGAGCAAGCUUUUGAUUUUUCUGCUUAGUCUCUAUUAUUAAUGGCAAAUAUAUAAAAUAAGUAUACCUCUCUUUAUGGAGGUCCUAUAUUUGAUGAGUAUGGUAAUAUCUUAGCUAUGAAUUACCCUAUACCUAAUAGCUUUAUUAAAUCUCAUGUUAUAGGCAUUCCUUGUUACUAUUUAAGUGGUAUUAUCUAAUAAUACUAAUAAAAAAAGGAAGUCCGCAAACCUUAUGUAGGUGUCUCGGUGAAAUGGACAAGUGAUAUUGAAAAUGGAGGAGCUUUCGUCUUAAAGGUAAAUUCUGAUAGUCCUGGAGCUAAAGCAGAUUUAAAAUUAGGCGAAAUAAUUACUGAAGUUAAUGGUAUAAAAAUUAAAGAUGGCAAAGACCUUUCCAGAAUUUUGGGCUAUAACAUAGGCUAAAAUUUUAAAUUAAAAGUUUUUAGGAACGGUAAAAGUAGAUUUGUAAAUUUAGUAACUGAAUGA